CAUUGUGUAAAAACUAAAAAUUGUGUUGUGGUGUAAACAAGCAGUUCUUGCGUGUAUAGCGAAAAGGACGAAAAAAAAUGAGUGGCACUAUUAAGAAAUUCAACAAAACUAAAAAUAGAAGAAAGAUUAAAUUAUAUAAGAAAAAGAAGGGAGUGGCAAAAACGGAGGACCAAGAAAUACAGGAAAUUCAAAGCGCGUAUUCAGACAUUGAUUCAUCAAAAAUAAAUAGCUUCAAUGAUUUUCCACUCUCUCACCGAACAAAGAAGGGUCUGAGAGAUACUGGAUAUGUAACACCAACAGAAAUUCAGCGUGAGAGUAUUGGACCAGCUCUCAGAGGCCUUGAUAUCCUGGGUGCAGCAAAGACAGGAAGUGGGAAGACAGUAGCAUUUUUAGUCCCGGUGUUAGAAAGCCUGUUUUGUCACCAGUGGACACGGCUCGAUGGUCUGGGAGCCCUCAUCAUCACACCAACCAGGGAACUUGCCCUGCAGAUAUUUGAAACUCUACGUAAAGUUGGUCGUUACCAUGAUUUCUCUGCUGGGCUUAUAAUAGGUGGGAAAGAUUUACACUUUGAGAAGAAGCGCAUGGAACAAGUGAAUAUAAUAGUGGGGACACCAGGACGCUUGUUGCAGCACAUGGAUGAGAAUCCUCUCUUCACAUGCCACAACUUGCAGAUACUAGUGCUUGAUGAGGCAGACCGUUGCCUUGACCUGGGAUUUGAAAAGACAAUGAAUAGCAUCAUUGAGAACUUACCACCCAAGAGGCAGACACUGCUGUUUUCUGCAACACAGACCAAAUCGGUUCGUGACCUGGCACGUUUGAGUCUAAAGGACCCCUGCUAUGUGUCAGUGGUGGAGAAAGCUCAGCACUCAACUCCGGAACAGCUGAGGCAGAGUUAUACAGUUGUAGAGCUGCAUGAUAAGAUGGCUGUCCUGUGGUCUUUUGUACGUUCACACCUCAAGCACAAAAUCCUGGUUUUUCUUGCCAGCUGUAAGCAGGUAAAAUACCACUAUGAGAUCCUUUGCAAACUGAGACCAGGUAUAUCAGUUUUGGCCCUGUAUGGCUCUCUCCAUCAGCUGCGAAGGAUGGACAUAUACCGUAGCUUCUGUGCAAAGAAGCAUGCUGUAAUGAUUGCCACAGAUCUUGCAGCACGAGGGCUUGAUUUCCCUGCUGUUGACUGGGUUGUUCAGCUGGACUGUCCAGAGGACGCACACACGUACAUUCACAGGGCAGGGCGCACAGCUCGCUACCAGGCUGGUGGAGAGUCCGUACUGGUGCUGCUGCCUUCGGAGGAGAAGGCUAUGCUGCAGAGAUUGGAAGCAGCUCGUAUACCACCUCUGCAGUCCAUUAAGAUUAACCCAAACAAGCUGCAGUCGCCACAGCGGAAGUUGGAGGCUCUGCUGGCCCAGGACCCUGCCCUAAAGGAGAGUGCCCAGCGGGCAUUUGUUGCUUACCUCAAGUCUGUCUUCCUAAUGGCUGACAAAGCAGUGUUCAACAUCGAAACACUAGAUACUGAUGCUUAUGCCAAGUCCCUAGGUUUGGCUAUACCACCACGAAUUCGAUUCCUACAGAAGUACCAAAAAGCUCAGCGACAGAAGCAGCUACAUGUGCUUGAAGCAUCUGGAAGGGACAGAGUGGUAAUUCCAAGCCAUUCUGUAGAUGCUCCAGUGGAAGACGACAGCGUUGCAGCUAGUUCUGAGCAUGAUGAGACAGAUGACAGCAGCAGUGAGAGUGACUACGACCGUAAUGGUGCCGCUGGAGACAUGCACUGGACACUCGGUGGAGCUAGUGAUGAUAAUGACGAUUCUGAUUUUGGUGGAAUUCUACAUGUGAAACAACGGGACCACGCAUUGCAAGGUGACGUAGUUCCAGACGAUGAGAAUAAUUUUAUGGAUGAAUCAUCUGCAAUGAAUAAGAAGAAAAAGGCAAAGGCAUUGACCAAGGCUGCUAUUGCUAAAAAGGUUCUCAAGAAGAAGAUAAUUGCUAAUAAGAAGACAGUGUUUGAUGAAGAUGGACAGGCUGUUGUGGAUGCAACACGAGAGAAAGUAACUGAAGUAGCCAGGCAGUAUGAAGCAGAAGGAGAAGGAGGAGGAAUUGAUCUGGAGCGUGCACGGGAAGUGCUCAGGGAGGAGGACCGUGUUGACAAACAGCGAUUCCGUGAGAGAGUACGCAUGAAACACAGAGAAGAAAAGCGGAAGCUGAAGAAAGCAAAGAUGAAAGAGAUGAAGGAAGCUGAAGAUCAGGAAGUAGAAAAAGAUACCCAGGAUGACACGUAUGCUUCCGAAUCUGGCAGUGAAAGUGAAAGCAGCGACGGACCAGACUUAUCGUGGUUGCCAGACCCUGAUAAGGUAUACGGUAAUAGAGGAGAUGAUGAGAAUGAGGAAGAGGACAGAAGUGCAGAGAGUAGUAGUGAAGAUACAGAACCAGACAGUGAACCACAUCCACAGCAACAACGAAGAUCAAAAACAACUGUUGGAAAGAGAAAAAUGUCUCUUGAAAGCAACAAUGGUAAUGUGAAGAAAGUAAAGAAAGCCAAUCACCUACCAGAAAGUUUGGAAGAUGCUGAAUAUCUAGCUCUGCAGUUUCUAAGAAGCUGACAGUUUAUGUGGGAUUAUAAGUAACAGUGUGGUGACUGAUGUACACAAGAAAAUAUUUUGAAUGUUGAACUGUCUGUUAAAUGUCUGUAAAUAGUAGUUACAGUCUGAAAUUCAUUAAAUUAUUUGUGUUUAUGGUUA